GUGAGCUGGCUGCCUCCUCUGCCUCUCCUGUGCCUCUUUGAGCCACUCCAGCGUACGCGCUCUUCCUCUCUGCUGCUUUCUUGUGUUUUCCCCGCGUCUUUCCACAAAUCCCAUACCUCUUCAUUUCUCUCUGUCUCUCUUUUUUCUUUCUCUCUCUCUCUCUCUCUCUCUCCACCUCUCCUAUCCUGGGACAGGAAAAAGGAGCAGUAGCAGGGAGCACUGUGGAAGAAGACUAACCACAAUAACAGGAAAAGGAAGUGGGCAGUGACCUGUGUGAGAUAAGGGCAGGAGCAAGGGGCUGCGGUCAAACAGCUGUGGACUAACUGUUUGAGGCUUCUGGAUGAGAAAACCCACAUCAGAGGGCGAGAGGAGGAAAAGAAGCAAGAGAUUCUGAGAACCUGUUGGAUUCACACCUSAGGGAACAAACCUUGACAACCUGAGAAGAGGGAGACAAAGCGAUAAGGACCAUUUGGGGAGGAGAGGAGCUCCACUUGGAGUGACUUUUUGUUUUUUGUUAUAUGAAAAAAAGUACUUGAAAUAUUUGCAACACAAUUACAUCUCAACAAAUACUUGGGAGGUUUUGUACGUUUUUUUUAUUUUUACUUAUUUGAAACCUAAUCAUUUUCUUUUGGAAGUACAUUUUUGAGAUCCACUCUCAAGAAGCAUCACCAUAUUUUUUGAUCAACUUUCUUAUCGGUUUCGACAUUCCAGUGAAAAAGUGGGGGAAAACUCCUGAAAAUACACCUGAUUUCCACAAAAGGAAGAGGAGUGAGAAGUAACUGGCAAAAACAACAAUCUGACGAGCUGUUCUGCUCCUUAAGCCAUCUUGAAUUUGGAUGUCUCCAAACUGUGGUCCAAUGUCUUUUGCCAAGAUGAUGGCACGGCUCCAGCUGAGGACGACAGGACUUUUGACCACUUUGGCCUUGUUCUUCUUUCUCGUUGUGGCUCAAGACACUGGCCUUCCAGCUGUGGUGCUGGAGAGACAAGACUCGGGUGAUAUUGUGAGAAAAGAAUCCCAUCCGGUGCUGUUCAGACAGAAGAGAGAAUGGAUCUGGAACUCUCUCUAUGUGGAAGAAGAAAAGCCUGCACCCAUCCCUUAUAAGAUUGGACAACUCAAGUCGAGCAAGAACGUGGAAGUGAAGAAGUACAAAAUAGACGGAGAAGGAGCAAACACCAUCUUCACGGUGGAUACAAAGGGAGACCUAUUUGUUAGAACAAGCCUGGACAGAGAGGAGAAGGCCUUGUAUCAUUUAACAGCUCGCAUGUUUGACGGGAACAACCAGUUGAUCGAGGACGCCGGGGAGUUUGUGGUGCAGGUGACAGACAUCAACGACAACAGCCCAGUUUUCCCCAGGGUGUACAAUGGCUCCAUUCCAGAAAGGUCCAUCAUAGGAACUAAAGUGAUUGAAGUGAGGGCAACUGAUGCAGAUGACCCCACUACUGCUAAUGGAGAGCUCAAGUACUCUUUGACUUCAGCUGGAGACACUUCUGCCUUCGAAAUCGACCCCCUUACUGGUAUGAUCAGCUGCAGGACAAACAGUCUGGACCGGGAGACCAGGAGUCAGUAUGUGCUGGUGGUAAAAGCUCAGGACAUGAGAGGAAUGGCUUCUGGCAGCACGGCCACCACCUCMGUCACAAUCAACAUCACUGAUGUCAACGAUAAUUUAGCUUCAUUUACCGAAAAGUCGUAUUCACUGUAUGUUCCCGAGAACCACAGGCUGAAUGAAAAGAUUGACACUCUGAAGUUGGAGGACAAAGAUCAGAUUCAAAACAAAGAUCCCAGAUUUUCUGUUCAAAGUGGAUUUCGGGAAAUAUUCAACGUCGAACUCAACGAUAACAAAGACGGCAACCUUGUGCUUAAAAAGGCUUUGGACUAUGAGACAAAGAGCAGCUACAGUUUCACAGUGGAGGUGAACGAAAAUUUACGCUUUCCUGCCGACAACUCSAAAAAGGCCAUUACAAAAGCAGAGGUGAACAUCAUGGUGACGGAUGUAGACGAGCCACCAGUUUUCUCUGAGUCUACCUACACCUUCGGGGUUUUGGAAGAACAGAUGGUGAAUCAAAUAGGAAGAGUCCAAGCCAGAGAUCCUGACAAAGCCAACAGGAGCAUAAUGUACACGAUCUUGGACAAKGAUUGUCCCAUUGGGAUCAAUGCGAUCACAGGUCAACUGUACACCUUGAGAAAGCUGGACAGAGAGCUGCAGGCAACGCACAUGUUUCAAGUUAAGGCGCAGGAGGACCCAGAUGGUUUGGAGUCUUUUGUAAAGGUUAAGAUCAACGUUCUGGACGUCAACGAUAACAAGCCUGAAUUGCAUGUAGAGGAUAUCCAUGUCUGCGAGAAUGACAUGAAAAAUACAGUGAUCGGGACCUUGCAAGCCAGAGAUAAAGACGACCAAUUAGCCUCCUUCUCCUUCAGCCUUGCCAGCCAGAACUCCAACUUCUCCAUCAGAGACCACGGCAACAACACAGCAGACCUGAUAGUGAAACAAGGCCCGUUCAGCCUGGAUGACCCCAAGGAUCACAGUGUGGAUGUGCGGAUCAGUGACGGAGGGCGGCCCGUCCAGACCAGCGUCACCAAACUUUUAAUCAAGGUGUGUCACUGUGAUGCUAAACGAGUUACUUCGAAGUGCAAAGCCGGUGCUCAGAGGAUGGGAGUCAGUGUCCAUGCCCUGAUAGCCAUACUGCUCUGCAUACUAACCAUAUUGGUUAUUGUAAUCCUGAUCGUGAUGAGGAAACGCUACCAGAAGGAUUCUCUGGCCAACAUGAAGAACAGCGGAGAGAUCCACGAGCAGCUCGUCACGUACGAUGAGGAGGGAGGGGGAGAGAUGGACACUAAUGGCUACGACGUCUCCAUCCUCACCUCCGCCUGCAACGACGGCUCCCUGCUCCGCCACCCAGAUUGCCUUCCACACCCUGCGUUGUACGCCAUGGUGCAAAAGCCCCGCCACCACUCACAGCCCGCCGCAUGCAAGGGCGACAUGGCGGCCAUGAUCGAGAUGAAAAAGGACGAAGCCGAUCACGACAGAGACGGAUUCCCGUAUGACACUCUCCACAUCUACGGCUACGAGGGACCCGAGUCUUUAGCCGGGAGUCUCAGCUCUCUGGAAAGUUCUUCAUCUGGGUCAAACUUGGAUUACGACUUUCUCAACGAAUGGGGGCCAAGGUUUAGGGUUCUGGCUGAGCUGUACGGUGUGGAUGGAGCCGACUACUACCAUCAGUACUGAUAGAACCUCCUUUUUUUUCCAGAAUGUACACAUGGAAAGUGUGCAUCAGUGAAAAGAGCCAUAAAAACACUCAAAACAUGCAAGAACCAUGCAGAAAAAAAAAUCACAUAAAAGAAACUUCUUUGACUUUUAAAAACACAAUCAGGGGGGUCUUUUUUCCCCUCCAAACAGUUAGCUUCACCAGUAAGUCAGUGGAUUCAUUUGUGUCUUGUGCCUCUUCUCUCUUCACUCCCAAUCAGAAAAUAAGAGAUUUAUUGAAUCCUGGAAGCUCCUGUGGGCUGAGUCAAGGAUUUUCUAGUUUUACAUUUUUCCUGCUUAUUGUUUUUUUUUUCUAUGCUAAUGUCAAUCAACUAAGCAAUUUUUAAAGUAACUCAUGGACAUGACAUCAUAGGGUUAAGUAAGAACUAACAGCUUCAUACAGAAGAAGACUAAUUUUUAAUGAUUUCAGGACACCAUGAACUUUUUUUUUUCACUAUCGUGAUGCAAAUUCAAACUGAAGAAAUGUUUUCUGCCGACUGAUCAAAAUUUAUCUUGGGUCAUAAUGUUCCAAGAUGAUUUUGAAGAAAAAUUGUGUAUGUAUUUUUUGUUUAUGUCUCAGCUUUUGUGUGUAGCCAUGUUUCGGUCCGGAUACCCACUUUCUCAGUUCUAACUUGGCCCUCUUGUACAGUUUCUCUUCAAAAUCAUACAGCAUUUAAAAUAUCUAUUAACUCUUGUUUUUAGGCAAGCUUGUUAAACCGCAAUUCAGUUUCCUAUUAUUUGUUUCCGGUUUGAGAUGCAAAAUGCUGCAUGAGAGGAAAAACUAAUCAUCUUCAAUUCUGGAAUAUGUGACUUUCUUAAAUUUGGUUGCUAGAAAAGUUUAAAAAGACUACAAAAACACCGAACAGCAACACAAGUUUAAGCCUUGCCAUAUAAUGAUACAACUAAGGAGCCAUUUUCCACAUGAGUCAUUUCGAACCAUUUUCCCCCGUUAUUUUCUGCUCUGAAGAGAGAAAAGACAAUAGACAGAUAGGCAGACAGGAAAUGGCUCUACUGCUGUUCAAACAGAAUUACAGCUCGUUCCCAGGUUUUUAUUUGACAGAACUCCUCAUCGCCAUUUAUUGUUGUGAUGAAAGCUGAGUCCUUCGAGGCAGGCUCAGACAAAAGUCAUUCACACAACUCAGGAAGCAUAAGCAGCUACUUGUGCUGUCAUGAUGUCUCUGGUGUGGCUUGAAUAACUUUAACCUCUCAUACUUUAUGGCUACUGUCGGAUCAAAACAUUGAUAACCAGAAAUAUCACAAAAUGUUGGAAAUCAUUUGAAUAUGUACUUUUAGCUGAAUUCAAAACAGAUAAAUGGACAGAUUCAGGAAAAUGAAAGAUUCUUUUGUUUUCCCAUAGCCCUUUUUAAUGCUUUUCUCAGUGGUGGGCACAGCUAAUCAAAAAGUUAAGUUCAUUAACCACUAAUCUGCUGAACAAGAAUCUAAUCCUAAAACACUAAACAGAUUUUUUAAAUUAGUGGAAGCUAAUGCUAACUGCUAAAACAAAUGUCAUUCAAUCUUUGUGUCACACAUCUUUAUCUCUAUCCAGCUGAAGACUGCUGGGACUAAUGCAAACUUGUUAAUUUACUACUGGUUUAAUUUAAAGGUGAGUGGGAUUGUUUGUGGCAAAUCAGCCAAUCCAAACUAAGUGUGUAUUAUUAUAGAUAUCAUUUGAAGUUAGUCAAACACAAAUAGCAAAUACUUUCUCAUCCAUAUUCUAUACAUAGUGAUUUUUUGUAUUUGUUAUUUAAAUAUUAUUAAAUGUUAUUUUAUUUCUUUUUGACACCCUUAGCUUGAAGUUUAGCUGUUAGAGAUUCUACAUGCUACACGUGUGGUGCCUGACGCCCAUCACUGCUUAUAAGAUGAGAUGGUUUUUCAUUUAUUUCAAGAUAAAUGCCAUAAAGAUAGAAGUUUUACACUUGUGACAUUUUUAGUAAACUUAAUGGAACCUAAUUUAGAGGAAACUAAUUGGUCCGCUAACGGUUUCCAACGUUAGCAGAAAAGCUAAACCACUAAAUGAGACGRUAGUUACACUAUAAGCGGAUUAACAGAAUUGUGCCCACCUCUGACUUUUGUGUUGUUGUCAGUCAUUUACGGUCAUCUUGGAUAUUUGAGCUUACUGUUCUGAUGUUUGCACCCCCCCGGCACACUGCAGGCACAAUUUACAUAAAAAUGUGAAUUUCCUUUUAGUAGCAAAGAUACCUGUUCACUUUACUGAAAAUGCAAACACACGUCAGAAACGUUUUUGCUUUUCAUGACAUUUUAUUGACAAAAUAUGUGUUUGAUAUGACAACUUCACUGGUGCCACUGCUUCUUCUUAUUGUUAUUGCACUUUGUGACAUCAUUCAAAAAUCCUGAAUCCUUGAACGUCCUCUGUGGAUAUGUCAGUCAAUUAUUAGCUUCUGCGGUAAUUACCCACUCCCUGCGGACCUUCUAACCCCUGACCGGGCCCUGUAGAGCACCUGAGCAAUUUAUCACUCAGCCGCAUUUAAAUAAUAACUGCAGGCCUUUUUUGUCUUAUUGCGUAAUGGCUUGGUAAUAGGCUAUAGCGCCUGCAGUUAAAAGGCCAUUCAAAAUCCAUCAUAAAGGUAAAAGGUCACCAAUUUUCUGUAAUGACGACAUCUGAAUCAGACGCAUGGCUUAGUCAUGUAGACUUGUCAUUGUUAAGGUUUCUUUAUUUUUAAAAUGUUUAGUUUUUAUUUGUUGUAGUUUAUUUACUCUGCUGUUUAUUCUGUUUUCUUUGGAUUUGAACGUGUUUCCUUAAAACUAAGGCCAACUUGGAAUGCCAUUGGAUAAAUGGUGAGCACAAUAGCUGGAAGCGCUCAGAGAGCCAGCUUCAUUUAUAUUUUUAUACCCUCAAUGUGCUCGGUCCCCUCGUCCUUACUCUCAGCCUUUCUCUCCUUGUUUUGCCUCACCGUCUCUCCUCCACGUCUCCUCUCUCUUUGUCCUUUAAUCAGCUAAACCAAACAGCAGGGCUCGGCUUCCUGUCCAUCUGGGAUAGUGCCCGCCCCUUUCUGUCUGUGUUAUCACUCUCGUGAGCCAACACAUUGUGCUCACUUCCUGUUAGCGCAGCCUGGGAAACAACCUUGGAGCGGAAGAGGGAUCGAGGCAGGGAGAAACAUGGAGUUAGGGUUUAAGAUGUGAGGGAGGAGAACCAGCAAAAAGGAGUUCAGAACAAAGAUGUUUGGGAUGAAAUGUUGAGCCAUAACACACAGGAAGUGGUGCUACCAACCUGAGGCUAUUUGAUCUUUUUAAAGCAACAAAUUAUUUUUAAGAAAUCAAAAUUAGUAGUAGAAUUUUUGCAAAUCGUAAACUGAUAUAUUUUAAAUUAUGGGCUCCAAAUACCAAAACAUAAAGGUGAACAUUACAUCAGUGUGUGUUAAACAUUGUUCAAGACAAUGUUAUCUCAGCUAGUUAUAGUAAAAGCAAGCAAAAACAAUAAAAAAUGCAAUCUAGACAAAAAAAAGGUCAGUUAAACAUAUUCCCGAUUAAAAAAGGAGCUUGUUUUGCCACUUUUUGAAAACUGACACUUUUUUUAUUUUGAGCUGUCUCCAAUUUUUGUAUGUGUAUGAUCAUUGUAAUUACACGAUGUUUCUACACAUGUAUUUGGGGAAAAAACAUCUCAACCAGCUGCAGCAAAAAGAGGUGCUGCAUUAUUAUUUUUCUUUCAGCAAUAUUGACUGCAGAGUAAAUGUGCAGAAAAUGUAAAGAAUUUUAUGAAGAUAUAGAUGGGAUAUUUUAUAAUCAAGUUUUAAAACUGUAACAAAACUUCAAACAGAUUUCUAUGGCAAUGUGAGCUGGUGUUAGAAUCCAUAUUUUAUAUUUUGAAAUUUUGAAAUAUGCGCUGAGACAUUUGUUUUAAAUAAGUCAUUUGUUUUUAUCUCAUGUAUCUGUGCUUAUUUCACGUUUCUGCUCGUAUUUUUCAUUUAUAAAAAAAAUCUAAAUAUGACCAAUAUUAAAUGAUUCCUUUGUUGAAAUAUUUUAAAAUCAUUUCAAAGUCCUUCUGUGUUUAAGACGACUUAAGCUUCAUUGGGGAGUUUUGGACAUUAACAACGAGUAGCAGCAUUCCUUUGCAUGAAUAAAAAAAGAUGAAGCUUGGACUUAGACGGUAAAAACACGUCUCUCAGGGUCGAAUUCAGGCCACAAAGGUUGUUCACAUUUAUGGCAAAGAACAAGUGAAACCAUCUCCAGAGAAUACAGUACACUGGUUUAUGGUUUAAGUGAUCUUAUUUUGUUUUGGGUUUUUUUUAGGGUAUCCCAUUCAUUGACUGAGGGAUUUUACUUAGAAAAAAAAUCUAUCUAGAAAUAAAGGUGCCUAAUAGUUACUGUUCUUUCUUUUUCUCCAAAAUUUUGUAUUUAAAUGUUUUUUUUUACUUGCUGUAAAAAUUAAAAUAACAUUACUUAUGACAAGUUAAAGAAAACAGCAUCUGAUGCAUGAUUGGAUUCCUGAGUGGAUACAUGAUUUCUGGCUCCUGUGCUUUAUUGUGAUUGCUUGGAUCAGACCAAUGUACAUACACACAAAAUAGUGUUACCCUAAAUAAAAACAUAUAGACUUUCUUGUGUAAAUACAGUAGGGGGUCUGUAAGGGAGCAACAUGUGCCUUUUAUUGUAUAAAUAUACUGUAAUUCUUGAUGUGAUGGUGAACACAAUGUUUUUUUAAUUGUUUUUAUGGUGUAUAGCAGCUACUUUUUAUUACCUGGCAUUUUUUGUAAGUGUACAAUGAAAAAUAAAUACUUAAUUCUGUUAUGUGA